UCGAGAUUUACUUUAGCCAAUGAAAAGCUGGAUGACGUUUUGUUGUUGCGAUCUUUUCCAGCCGAACGCCGAGUGAUCAAUAAUGCGAUGGGCUGCGGGGGUAGUGGUGGCAGCAAUAGCAUGCAGCCUAAGCUUGUCGAAUGCAGACAACAAUGUCUUAGGACGUUUCCAAGACGCCAUUGAGAUCAUGCAGGCUGGAGAUACCGCCAGGGCCGAACAACUACUACUUCGCUUGAGCAUGGUGGCCCCGGACGACGUAGACGUCCACGUUGCGCUGGGAGCAAUGAACCAUCUCGAGGGCAACGUUGAUAUCGCAACGAAGUACUACAACACUGUCCUCACCCUGGACCCGACCAACGACGCCGUGCACGGCAACUUAGCCUUCCUCAACUUCAAAGCAGGACAGUAUGCACGUGCCAUCGACCAUUUUAAAGCCAGUGUCGCAACCAACCCAACGAAAGCGCAGGGCAUGGCACAUAUGAUAGCCCUGGCCCAUCAUGCCAUGGGUGACGAGGUCACCGCCAUCAUGUUCUUCGACCUAGCUCAGCCCUUGCACGACAACGACCCGCAUUUUCACUUCGACUUUGCAGUAUCCCUUCAAGACGAGGGACUGGUCACGCGCGCCAACGCCGAGUACAACCGAGCCCUGGCUUUGGACCCAAACUUUCCCGAGGCUUGGCUUAAUAUCGCCACAUUGCACUUACGCUACGGCAGCAUAUCAACAGCACUUCGAAAUUUUGAUCGCGCUCGAAGGUGCACCCCGCUAACUCCGCACUUGUCGCUGCAGAUCGCCAUCAACUACGGCGUGGCGCUGGAAACAAACGGCCAUGCCAUGGAAGCCCUGGUGCAAUUUGAAACGGCGCAAACGUUGCUGGAAUGGAUGGACCACAGCGAUCGUGAAGCGCUCGACCUGUUCGAGCACAAGACGCGGACACGGCGAGCCAUCGUGUCAUGGGUGGAGUACGAAGAAACGUGGGAUGCAUAUCUCGACGCUACGAUUACGAGGCAGUUGAACAGGGAUGCCGCCAGUUCGUUGGUUCCGUUUUCGAGCCUCAUGGUGGACAUACCUCCACAUCUUCGCCGUCGCAUUGCCGAAGCGUACGCUGGCGCCACUACUCCGAUCCGACCCCCGCAAUCCGUCGACCUGAACAAGAACAAUCGCCGUGUGCACGUGGGGUACUUGUCGCAUGACUUCAACAACCACCCGACGGCCCACCUCAUGGAAGGACUGUUUGUCCAUCACGACACUUUGUCGUUUGAAAUCUCGACGUGGAGCUAUGGCAAAGACGAUGGCAGUGCGUACCGCAAGUCGAUUCCGACGCUAUCGGAGCAUUUCAUGGACGUGGUGCUGCUGGGGACGAACGAGGCGGCCGCCGCCAUCGAAGCCGCUCGUGUCGACAUCCUUGUCGAUGCUCAAGGGCAUACAUUAGGGCAGCGGCAUGCCAUUGUAGCCAAACAGCCCGCCGCCAUAAUCGUCAACUUCUUGGUGUACCCAGGCACGUUGGGGGCUGCGUAUGUCGACUAUAUGGUGUCGGAUAGACAUGUCACGCCAGCAGAACAUGCAGACCAGUACACCGAGCACUUGAUGAUGCUCCCGCAGUCAUAUCAGGUCAACUACUAUGCGUCGUACUACCAGUUUUCCGUCCAAGAGCGUCAUGCCACAGCCGUGACGUCGUCGACGUCAUUUGUGUUUGCAAACUUCAACAAGCUCGACAAAGUGGAACCGCGGGUGUUUAAUGUGUGGAUGGCCAUCUUGCGCCGUGUAUGUAGAUAGGACGAUAUAUGUGCUCGACGCUACGAAUCAAUCUGCCACGUCAUCGUCUCUCAAAAUGAAUACUCAUGAGAUGCAAAUAUAGGUUCCGCACAGCGAGCUGUGGCUGCUGCACCCGACGUCGAGCAACACCCACGACCUCAUCGUGGCCAACCUCGUCCGAGAAGCGGCCCAGCAUGGCGUCGCCGCCGCGCGCCUUCGAUUCCUUCCUCGGUAUAACGUUACGCAUUCAUUCUGAGGACAGCUACGUUUUUGUUCUGUCGAACAAGACGACGGUUUCACUUGCCAUUGACAAUCUUUCAAACUGUGCGCCUGAGAUGGUGUGUAGCGUGUCGAAGGCCGAGCAUUUGACCCGACAGCGCCACGCCGACUUGUUCCUCGAUACAUUUGUGUAUGGCGCUCACUCGACGGCAACAGACGCGCUGGCGGGGUCGCUGCCCGUGCUGACGCUGGCAGGGGGUUCGUUUGCCAGUCGGGUCGGAGUGUCGCUGCUUGCGAACGCCCACUUGACUUGGCUCAUCGUGUAUUCGUGCAAGGAAUUCGAAGACGUGGCAGGUAGGAAGGUUGAGACCAACAAAGAGAACUCGACAUCAUGGUACACGUUAUGUCGUGACACGAUGCAUGACGUGUGCGUAGUGAGAUUGGCUACAUCGCCGCAGAUCCUGCAACGAAUGGUAGACACGUUGGACAUGUUUGGGCCGUCUGCUGCAACGACGGACGCCGCGCCGCUUCCGCUGUUUCAAACCCAUGCAUACACGAUCAACCUGGAACGCAUGUAUCGCAUGGCCAUCGAGGCUCGGAUACAUCUACCGACGCGACAUCACCUGGUGCUGCCAUCGUCGACUUAAGUGCCAUUCCUCGACCUACUUCAAGAAGUCUUCUCGUACAAUCGAAGGUUGUAGUCUCAUGCUGCAUGCCAUUGUGAACGACUGACUAUUGAGUCUUCGCUCUUCGAUGUCGCUCCUGUGUUGCUUCCCCACAGCGCAUUCUACUGUACUUUGGCUAUGCAACACGCUACAGUUAAAGAUGUCGACAGCUUACAUGGUCCAUGCCAAGGAGGAUGGCUAGAACUCCACACAAAAAGCGUUCUUCGAUAUACCCAACUCCGCCCUUGGCCCCUUCCCGCAUCGCUGCGGCAAGGCGCGUCCAGGCAGACCGACCGCGACGACCAUGAGCUCGUCUCCGCGGC